AAGUGUUUUCUGCAGAUGCAGCUUGCAUUCCAGAAGAGGUGUGCGUCGCUGAAGCAUAGUACAAACUCCUCUGGCUGGAAGAACAACCCAUCUAUUCUGGGUCGUCCUUAGCACCUCAGAGAUUAUAUCCCCACGCGCCUCGCCUUGCAAGUGUUACCGAACACGCCGUGGAAGCGGUGCGAUACAGACACACACACAGAAUACACAAAACAAGGACGGCUGUUCCAAACAAUGGAAGAUGGCACGGCUAGACGACAUGCAUCUGGUGGUGUUUUCACCAUUUCCAAGUUCAAGCCGGAGUCGCACAGUCGUACAUCGUCCAUCCCAAGCUGCUUGCCCGUGUCUGGAAGAGCUUCCUUGGGUGGCUAUGAUCAUCGCUCUCCCGAGUUACAAGCCACGCAGAAAGCCAAGUGUGACACGACAGGCAUCGACAAAUGCUGGUUCGAGCCCGAGUCACACAGUCGUACAUCUUCCAUCCCAAGUUGCUUGCCCGUGUCUGGAAGAGCUUCCUUGGGUGGCUAUGAUCAUCGCUCUCCCGAGGUACAAGCCACGCAGAAAGCUGACACGACAGGCGUCGACAAAUGCUGGUGGGUAGCAGUGUUGGCCUUCGUCAUGACGACGAUGGAGUCGUCAUCCAGCCGUUGCUCCGGCUUUCUCAUGGUGGGGAUCAUGGAGCAGAUGAACGUGGACAGGGGUCUCGCCUCCUGGCCUGUAAGCCUCAUCGGCUCUCUGAUUGAUUGCGGAGGCCUACUCUCUGGACCUCUCAGUGAACUCUUCACCACAGUUCCCGUACUGGUCGGAGGAUGUGUUCUUGCAGCGACCGGCAUCAUAGCAUCAGCCUUCGCCCCGAAUAUCACAUGGCUCACGAUUACGCUAGGGGCUAUGCACGGUCUGGGUCUCGGCAUCGUGAUAACCAUGCUUCAAGUCCUCAUCAGCAUGUACUUCGAGCGAUACCGCGGUGCCGCCAACGGCAUCAUGUUCGCUGGCUCCACCGCCUCUGCAUUCAUCUUCCCGCAUUUGCUUCUCUUCCUUGGAAACACAUACGGGUUCCGAGGUAGCCUUCUCCUGUUUGGGGCCGUCCUCAUGAACAUGGUUGCUGUGAGUAUUGCCUUCAGGGAGCCGCCUUGGGUGCGACUACAAAGAAUCAACAGCAGAAAAGGCGUGGAGAGAACACAGCGUCUCUCACUCUCCACUGUGCAGGCGGACGACGAGACUAAAGUGUCUGCCAUUGAGGCUGUGCUGCGAAACAUUCGCUCAGUGCUGCAGUGCGCCAUGAUAUACGUUCUUGUGAUAACGUGGCUAGUGUUCUGUUACAACUACGAUAUCUUCUUCUCCACGGUAGUAGACUUUGCUAUGGACAAAGGAGUAUCUCUGGAGGACGCUGUGUCUUUCAUCACGUACACCUCCAUCACGGAUCUCGUUGGCAGGGUUAUACUGCCCAUUCUGACCGAUCGCGGCUUCUUGGAGCGGUCAACGUUAAUGGCAUUGGAUUAUUUUCUGCUCGGUUUAUGUGCUCUGUCACUGCCUUUCUGUGAGUCGCACUGGACACUGUUGGCAGCUUGUCUCGGUGUUGCUUUAUUUUUGGGGUGUGCCAUCACCAUGCAAAGUGUUCUGAUGGCGCAGUAUUUGGGACUAGAAAAACUUGCCGUGGGCUAUACGGUUCUUGGUGCAUUCUGCGGUCCAGCACUUUUAGGGAAGGCCCCUUUCGUAGGGUUCUUCAGAGACGACCUUGGAUCGUACAACGAAAUGUUCUGGGUCCUUGGAAGUCUAGGCUUUCUCGUCUGCGUGAUAUGGGUUCUAGUGUCCUUGGUCGACAAGAGGAGGGCUCGCAAGUGGCAGCCUGACAUUGCAGGCAGCUUCAAUCGACCAAAAACAUGACCAAAUAAAGCAAUAUGCAUAGAUGCAAUGA